AUGGAUUCAGCCACGGCGGCGUCGGUGUACGGCAUGAGAUUCCCCGUCACCGCGCGCUCGCGGGAUGACCCGCGGCUCCUGGGAUGGAGGAUGGUUGAUGGCAAAAGCCAGGCGCUGCAGCAGCGACACCUGGCCGAACUGGAGGCGGAGGGCAGGAAGAUGAAGGAUCAACCGAAGGAGGACACGCCGGGAUCGGGGAUGCUGGUGGCCAUUGCGCACUUUGAUGCGUUGCAAGCUUCAGCAAAGAAGCCUGCGGUAAUCAAGGCGGAGGUGUUGCCACUUUCUGAAGUGAUUGCCGAGGCAGGACAGGGGCAGGGUCAGGAUGGGCCAGGCCUUUCUCUCCGCGAUCGGCUGCUGCGGCAGGCAGCCGGGAAGGUGUUGGGCUGCUGGUGUGACCUGCAGUUGAGGGCUGCCACGGCGGCGUCGGUGUACGGCAUGAGAUUCCCCGUCACCGCACGCUCGCGGGAUGACCCGCGGCUCCUGGGAUGGAGGAUGGUUGAUGGCAAAAGCCAGGCGCUGCAGCAGCGACACCUGGCCGAACUGGAGGCGGAGGGCAGGAAGAUGAAGGAUCAACCGAAGGAGGACACGCCGGGAUCGGGGAUGCUGGCGGCCAUUGCGCACUUUGAUGCGUUGCAAGCAGCAAAGAAACCUGUGAUCAAGGCGGAGGUGGCGGAAUUUGAAGCGUCACCUGGGGCUGAAGUUGCCGAGGUGGUGGAAUUUGAAGCCGCGCCGCUGUCUGAAGUGAUUGCCGAGGCAGGACAGGGGCAGGGUCAGGAUGGGCCAGGCCUUUCUCUCCGCGAUCGGCUGCUGCGGCAGGCAGCAGCCGGGAAGGUGUUGGGCUGCUGGUGUGACCUGCAGUUGAGGGCUGGCACCUUGGCUCAGCUGCUGAUUGUUGACAUCGCUCCUUCCGCUUUCGCUGUGGCCAUGGAUUCAGCCACGGCGGCGUCGGUGUACGGCAUGAGAUUCCCCGUCACCGCGCGCUCGCGGGAUGACCCGCGGCUCCUGGGAUGGAGGAUGGUUGAUGGCAAAAGCCAGGCGCUGCAGCAGCGACACCUGGCCGAACUGGAGGCGGAGGGCAGGAAGAUGAAGGAUCAACCGAAGGAGGACACGCCGGGAUCGGGGAUGCUGGCGGCCAUUGCGCACUUUGAUGCGUUGCAAGCUUCAGCAAAGAAGCCUGCGGUAAUCAAGGCGGAGGCGGGGAGAGAGUGGAUUUGA